UCUAGAACUCUCAGUUUCUCAUCCAUCGAUCUAAACGUUAAUUUAUACAUUGAUUUCGAUCAAUAUACUGAAGCUAGCUAGGUUCGAAAAUGUACCAGAAGUCCUCCAUUUCCGUUGUGUUUCUGGCCUUGCUUGCCCUGGCUACCACCUUCCCCAGUUCGGUCCAAAGCCAAAGCACCCGAGUUGGAUUCUACUCCAAAUCAUGUCCUAGGGCAGAGUCCAUUGUCACAAGAACAGUUCAGAAGCAUUUCAAAUCCACUCCUGCCAUUGCACCUGGCUUAUUGAGAAUGCACUUCCACGACUGCUUCGUCCAAGGUUGCGACGGUUCUGUACUCCUCAACGGCGCAAACACUGAAAAAACUGCUGGCCCGAACCUUGGAUUGAGAGGAUGGGAAGUUAUUGACGACGCAAAGACUCAACUUGAAGCUGCAUGCCCUGGUGUUGUUUCUUGUGCUGACAUUCUCGCCCUUGCUGCUCGAGAUUCUGUCGUCUUGACAAAGGGAAUCAAUUGGAAGGUGCCUACCGGAAGGUUUGAUGGACGAGUAUCAUUGGCAUCUGAGGCUAGCAAUCUUCCUGGCUUUAGGGAUUCCAUUGAUGUACAAAAGAACAAGUUUCAAACUCUUGGUCUCAACACUCAAGAUCUUGUCACGCUUGUUGGUGGACACACUAUCGGCACUUCAGCUUGCCGGUUCUUCAGCUACAGGCUUUACAACUUCACUACAACCGGAAACGGUGCAGACCCAACCAUCAACCCUUCAUUUGUUCCUCAACUACGAGCACUCUGCCCCCAAGGUGGUGAUGCAGCAAAGCGUGUCGAUUUGGACACAGGCAGCGGAGCUCGGUUUGAUGCAACAUUCUUUACAAACUUAAGGAAUGGUCGUGGGAUACUCGAGUCUGAUCAAAAGUUAUGGACUGAUGCUUCCACAAAAAGCUUUGUCCAACGGUUCUUGGGUGUGAGAGGCUUGCAGGCAUUGAACUUCAAUGUAGAGUUCGGAAGAUCCAUGGUGAAGAUGAGUAACAUUGGUGUCAAGUCUGCAACUAAUGGUGAAAUUCGCCGGGUUUGUUCUGCAAUAAACUAACUGAUGAAGAUCAGAAGCACACUUUAAAAGGAAGUCGGAUAUCAAGUUAUUCUGUUUUAUGCAUUU